AUGACAAAACGUAAAACUCCAAAGAGAGGAUUAUUCUGGAUAGAAGAAAAUGAGAGUAAUAAUCGAUCUUUGUCGAAUAACGAGUGGAAAUGUUUCAUUGGUAAAAAUCAUCGUAAACUUCUUCAAAGUUACGACGAGAGUUUGGAGGAAGAUCUUGUUACCAACGAAGGAUCAACGAGGAAUGAGAUAAGUAAAGUCGCCAAAAGUUGUCGUGGAAGGAAUGACGAAAGGAAACUGGGUAACGAAAAGUCAGCGAUUAAUCGAGACGAGGAAGAAGAACAACGGGAUAAUAUCGACGAGAAUUCCAAGGAAAAUUUUGAAAGGAACGAGGAAAACGACGAAAAGGAUAAUUCGAAAGCUGAAAGAUACGUAAGAAUGUUAGAAAGAGCAAAGAAUCCGUACGAGGCAAGAGUUAAUAUGAUGAUAAAGCAACGAAUAGCAUUGAAACACAAGGAGGAGAAAAAUCAUGUUAGAAGGAAACGUUGUCCUUUGGGUAUAAUCGAGUAUUACGAUUACGACGAGGAGAUUAACGAACGAUCAAGAGAGUCGCAAGCUGUAGGUGAUAACGAGCAAAAGAGCGACGAUAAGAAGGAAAGUCUGGUUGGCUCGAGCUUAGGGCUUGAUGAUUACUUGCGAGAAUCUCAAAACAAUACGUUGAUGAAGAAGAAGGAUGAACAAGCCGAGGAACAAGAAAAAGAGAGGAAAAGAAAAGAGCAAAUGAAGAACAAAGAGCCAAAGCAACAAUUCCUCAUCGACCUCGAACAAGUACGAGCUAAAAACGGGAAUCCGUCCAAGUCUCUGAGGAGCAAGGUCACGCUUGAGGACGACGGAGAGGAGGAUAAAAGCUCGCAAAUGGAUCGAGAAAAAUCAUUUUUAAACGAGGCCGCCGCCGCCGCCACCUCCGGCAAGCUUCGCAAUGAGAAAUCAUCUCCUAGAGAUUGUCAAACGAAAUGGUCGAACAAGGAAAAGAAACAAAAUGAAAAUAAUCGAUUGAUCGAAGAACCUAAUCGAGAAAUUGUAAACGUCGAGAGAGUUAUACCGAAGGAAUCUCUCGAAUAUAUAUUCCGAGGACCAGAAACUCUCCAACGAGAGAUAGUCGAUGUUGUUUUCGGUGGCGUACAACCAAUCGAAUUACCGCAACGUGAGAAAAAGUUGGACAGUUUCGGAAAGGCCAGAUCGGAAAAUCGAGUAGCUGUGAAAAAAUUAGAUGAGAAGGAUUACGACGACAUCGACAACGUGCUGUACGAGGAACUGAAGAAAUUAUACGAUUGGGAGGAUAACGAGAAUAAAAACGGGGCUCGGUUUAAAGGAGAUCAACGAAUGCAUCAGGAGUCCGAUGAUGAUCUCGAAAGGAAGACGAAUAACAAUAACAACAAUACGUCGGCAAGUAAUUACAUGGCUUUAAAGAAGACGGACGAUCUCUUUAAAGGUGGAGUAGAGCAAGGCGAUAUUUUCGAGGAGAGAACGCCAACUAAGAAUCAUCAGUCAAAUCCAAACUAUAGCAAUAUCGGGAACAUCGAAUGGAAAGUGAUCCCCGUAAAGAGCAUGUUUAAUAUCUAA